AAUGCUGUUGCAGGCAGUGGGAGGCCUUGGAGUCUAAAAAGCAUUGCUGACGUGGUCUUUAGUGGACCUCUGAACAGCAAGAAGGAGACCACCACCACUGGGGAGUAUGUGAUCAACUGGACACCAACGUCAGAGAAUUAUGGCCAACAUUUUCCAUUUUGCUUCAUUGCAGAGGGCCAACAUGGGUUUAGGAACUAUCAAUCUGAGAUGAGGUGUGUUAUUGUUGUGGUGGAGGCUGAAGGUCCAAGAGCACAUGUGACCUGCACUAAGGACACAAUGUCAGUGUCAAUUGAAAGAGCCACUAUUUCAGGUAUUCAUGGAGAUCACUUGCGUCUGAACAACAAUGAUUCCUGUGCAGUUUCUUCCAAUAGCACACAUGUGUUUACAACCUUCUCUCUAAAUGGAUGUGGUACUCAAAUGGAAGAGACUGAUGAACAUCUCCUCUUCAAGAACACAAUUGUUACCUACGAUGAUCCAAACCACAUCAUAACCAGGAAAAAUGAAAUCGAAAUUGAAGUUAUGUGCAAGUACCAGAAAAAGAGCAGCAUCACCACAAUGUUUAAUGCUCACAGACCAGCUGUCAACUUCACAGAGAGAGGCUUUGGCUCAUUUAGCUAUCAGUUUGAGUUUUUUCAGUCUGGUAGCUUCAGAAACAUAAGAGAACCCAACAGCUACCCACUGGAGUACAGUGUGGGACAGCUCAUCUACAUGGAGAUCGCCCCUGUCAAUAUAGUGCAAAACACUGAGGUCUUCCUUGAGUCCUGUGUAGCUACACCCUAUGAUAAUCCCAAUUAUCCCAUCUCUUAUCCCAUCAUCACAAAUGGAUGUGAGGUUGAUGAAACUGUUCACAUCUACACAAGUCACCAGCCCGAUGUCAAGUUCAGUAUGGAGGCCUUCAAGUUUAUUGGACAAUAUGACCAAGUGUUCAUCAGCUGCUCAAUUAUCCUAUGUCAAGCCAACAAUCCCAACACACGCUGCGCUCUGGGCUGCACCAAUGACACGCAGGUUGCACCAUCCUCGCACGUUCACAAAAGAGAAGCUGCCAUCCAGACCGGAAGCCACUUCAUCUCUCAGGGACCCCUGCGGCUGAGGAGGAGCACAUCACUUACUGAGGCCAUCAGCCCAAGCUUGAACCUGAACCUUGUUUUUGUGGCUGGAUGUGUCAUAGCAGUAGUUGCCAUGGUGUGUGGAAUGAUGGUCUACAAAUCCAGAGGAUCAAAAGUCAAUUACCAACUUCUGAAAUCAGAGAUUUGAUGGAAUCAGUUUAAACUGCAGUUUAAACGAAAUGAUGGCAACCAACUAACUGACAAAUUCCGGUGGGAUGUAGUUAUAUAGUUUCUGCCUUUUUUGGUUUGGUAAAAUCAUAAUAAAAAAAUCUGUUCUGUCUGCAUUAAUGUAACCGCUGCUUCUAGGCACUAGUGUAUGUUCUGCAGAAUUUGGUGCAGAUUGAAAACCAGCAUAAGAUUUCUUUAUUUGUUAAGUGUGGACGAGGGAUGGAUUUUAUACUAUUAUAUGUCAAUGUUUAAUAAGUGUCUCUUUGGGCCACUGCUUUGUGUGUUUACAUAUAUUCAAAAGUUAACUUUUCACAGUUAUCUCUUAUCUUAAAAACAUUUAUACAU